CAGACAGUGAAUGUAAUGGAGAACGAACAUCUGAUGCUACUGUCACAGACAGUGGGUGUAGUGGCGAACAAACAUCUGAUGCUACAGUCACAGACAGUGGGUGUAGUGGCAAAGGAACAUCUGAUGCUACAGUCACAGACAGUGAGUGUAAUAGAGAACAAACAUCUGAUCCUACUGUCACAGACAGUCAGUCUAAUGAAGAGCAUACAUCUGAUGAUGCUACAGUGAGAGACAACACACGUAACCGAUUGCAAACCUCUGAUCCUGAUGCCACAGUUACAGACAGCAUGUGUAUUGGAGAGGAAACUUUUGAUGCUGCAGUGAUAGACAGAAUGUGUAACAGUGAGCAUACCUCUGAUGCGAAAUCCACAGGCAGCAUACGUAAGAGUAUCGAGUCACCUAGUCGCGCAUUUGUUUCUGUGCUAGAUGGCUCGUCACAAGCACCCUUGGUCCCUGGUAACUGUGAACAGGGUUCUGUGCCAACAUCACUCGCUUCUCAGGAGCUAAUUGAAAUAGCAAUGAACGAGGGGAUUGAGUGUGGACUAACUGCUUCUAGCUUUGCUCAACCGGGCAGAGAAAGAGAGAGUCAAGAUGCUUACAGGUCGGAUACCACGUGUGUGGAAUAUCGAGAAGUGAAUCGCGCUUCGAGUAUCGAGUUGGUCAACAUGUCACUUGAUGAUGAAUCGGGAACAAGCGCAACGACAGGUGUAUGCAGUAAGCAUAAGGAACACACUGCAGAAUCUCGAGUGAUUGCCGGUGCAGUAACAGACCGGACUCACGAACUCACACCAGUAGUGAAAGCAGAGCCCCCUAUGGGUGUAUUGGGUCGGGAAACAGAAGAGCAUCAGCUACGUAGCGAGCAGGAGCAUAAAUGGAGGCAGUCUGUAGCUGCUGUGAGGAUACAGACAUUCUGGCGAGGAUAUCACGUAAGGCGGGACCUACAGCAACAGCUAGCCUGCUGGUUUGCUGCUGUUACCAUCCAGACACACUGGAGGGGAUAUCUUGUACGUAGUGCCAUCUGGCGGGAACAAUUGGAAGCUGUGAUAUAUGCUAUUACUGUGAUACAGGCAGCGUGGAGGGGCUACCUGGCCAGGAAAAGGUACAAGGAAGCGCUCUCAGCUGUCGUAAACUCGAGCAACAACUCGGAUAGUUGCUCGCUAGAUGAAGUCGACGUUUCUUGCUUCAACUACAACGAGGAAGAGUGGGAGAGUGGUUGGCUUCCGAUUGUAGACAAUUCUGUGGCAAACACCGGCGUCGGCGACAAAAUGUGGGAAGCGACGGAACCGGCUGCGAGAGAGGGAGCUGCAACAGCAUCCGGGCAAGUUGCGGGAAUCUCGACGAGGACUCCUUCUCUCGUUGUGAAGCCCCGGUCUCCGGAUAUCACUCAGCAAGCCCAGAAGUUUGGUAUCGAGUGGCGCCUGUCGAAUCCUGAGACAGCGGAAGCUGCGCCGUGCAGGUUGCCGCGGAGGGAUGGUUCGAAGCAGGCAAGCCGUUUCGGCGAAGGCGAGGGAUCGCCCAGGCACAGGCUCAUCACUGUUUCACCUCGUGGCGCGCAGGCGACCGCCACGACGUAUCCGCCGCCGCCGCCGCCUCGCAGACCCGCUCCGCGUAGACUAGAGUAUUUUCAGGGAAAGAGGCAGCUUGCAGAGAAGGAGACAGCACAUCGGGCGGCGAUGACGUACGAGUGGGUUCAUUCGCAUGCAGAUCUCUCCUCUGUACACGGUGGCAGCAAGUCACACCUGCCGAAUCUACCGUGUGACGUGCGCUCUGGUCAUCACCCAAACCUGACGGCCAGUCAAUGCAGCGCCGUUGCUUCCGAAGGAUGCAGAAACAUUUCAUCUCCAUUUAAUAAAUCGACUUCUGGAACCAGCAUUGUAUCGAGUAAAACAAAAGGAAGAGCAAUGCAGCACAGUGCGGGAGAAAGUCUGCCUCUGCUGGUCUCACCAAAGCCACGAACGCCAGCAACAAGGGCCAGGCAUUCGCCAGGCUCACGACUUCAACCCUUGUGGAGCAGUGCAGGCUGGGUGCGGAGCAGAAAGGACCUGACGUGAUGAUGUUCCACUCUCUCGUCGUGCAAGCAGUGCCGAGUGAAGAAUACGCACGCGGAUUUCGAAUGCAUGCGUCAGUGCGUCACUCUCGCACUCUUUAUGCGGGUCUGAAUAUGUACCUCGAAGAUGUAUGUGGCACGGUUACCAGAAAUGGGGAUAUUUUAUCGAAAAUGUUAUCUGUAAAAAUGGCUUUUAAUUAUGCCAACAAUAUUGUUAGAAAAUGCUAUAUGCUAUAUGCUAACAACGUUUGAUUCAACAUGAA